AAUGUCGUGAUUAUCGAUAAUAAUAGUUCGAAUCUGGCUUCGGCGAAGUCUUCUAUUAAGGGGAAGGUGGAGACGGUUGAGAUGGAUGUUUCUAAGGUUGAGGAUUUUGAGAAAUUGAGAUCAAAAAUCGAGAAGGACUUUGGAGGGAAAAUCGACCUCCUCGUCCUAAACGCCGGAAUCGGCCUCAAAGGAACCUGGGAAGAACCCUCCUACUUCCACAAAAUAAUGGACGUCAACCUCUUCGGCGUCAUCCACGGGAUCUCCACCCUCCUCCCCUUCGUAACCUCGCACUCCUCCGCCUCCAGCCCAUCAAGCAUCAUCAUAACCGGAUCAAAGCAAGGAAUCACCAACCCGCCCGGAAACCCAGCCUACAACGCCUCCAAAGCGGCCGUCAAAACCCUGACCGAACACCUCUCUUUCGACCUCUCCAAAUCCUCUCCCACAACUACCGUUCAUCUCCUGGUCCCGGGCUGGACGUUCACCGGUCUCUCUGGAAACGCACCGUUCGCUUCCGGGGCAGAGAAGAAGGAGAAGCCGGCCGGGGCAUGGUCGCCGGAGCAGGUUGUCGAGUAUUUGGAGGCUAAGAUGGCGGAGGGCAAGUUUUAUGUUAUUUGUCCGGAUAAUGAUGUUAGUGAGGAGAUGGAUAAGAAGAGGAUGUUGUGGGAUAGAGAGGAUUUGGUGAAGGGUCGGCCGCCGUUGACGAGGUGGAGAGAGGAUUAUAAGGUGGAGGCGGAGGAGUGGAUGAAGAAGACUAAAAUUUGAAGGAAACCCUGGUGUUAGUGAUUUAAAAAGGAUUCAGUCACGAUUUCUUUCCUGUUAUUAAGCCCAGCCUUUUCGUUUCUCUUAAUUUGGAUGAAGCAUACUUGACUCACUUAACAAUGUUAAAACUUCAAGUUCAGUCGCAGGGAGAUGGUUUCAUCUGUCCUUUUCCUGCAUUACCGCCUGUGGACUGGGCAGAUCAAAGGUAGUAAGUAAGCAACUAGCACCGCACAUCAUUGAGAUAUUGUAUAAAAUGAAGUCGUUGAUGCUU